AAAUUAGUUUGAUUGGUCAGUUUUAUCCGCAGCAUAAUUAUCCCGCUUCAUUUCAUGGUUCCAGGCGGUUAUUCGACGUAUCCACCUGGUACCAGUCAUUCCCGCUUUAGUGUCAGUUUGAGCAGCAUGAACGAAUACUACUCAUGAAACCGACCUCCCAGUCAAUGAACCGCAAACACCCCAGCCAACGAACAACAAGCGUUCACGGCGGACCCCCACCACAACACCACAACGGACCCUUCUAUGGGACGCCAACGGCGUUGUAGCGUUGUGCCAUCUAUGUUACAAGUCCCACGUGGCACUUCGGAGUCAAAUGAUCAUGCACACAUGAAUAAGGGAAUCACAGUAGCGAGCGAUGACAGAGCAUCCGCCCACCAAAUCGCGCGCACCGCACCGCAGCGUAGCGAAGGUCGUGUGUAUAAUGUUGCGCAGACGGUGUUUGAGCCGCAUUCGUGCACUUCACCGAAUGCAGUGCAAAAAUUGCUUGCUGGGCGAAAUGGAAAAUCUGUAUCAGCCUACACCAAGAUACCAUACAACACGCUCAAGAAGGCUGCGUGAGCGACGAAGGCUGUAACUGCCACGAUGACCAAGCGCCGUGGCCUAAAACAACCUUGCCAACCGGCUGUGAAGUAGACCUAGUUGCUUGGAUCCGAGCCAUGCAGUGCGACGGGCAACCGCUUCAACGUCACGCCAUCCUCGUCAAGGCCAACCGAUUGGCACGCAAAAUCGACCCGCCCGCUCCUGUCGUUGUCUCCAGGGUGCGCCCAAGUGAUCUCCCACGCUCGAAACAGCGUCGACCUGGAUGCAGUCAUACGAUUUUUCGAAUCGGUGUCAACGACGGUCCAAGAGCAUGGACUUACCCCGGACGGUAUAUUCAACAUGGACGAAACGACAUUCAUGUUAAGGAAGAAGUCAAGUUCCAUCAUUGCAGGAUCUCAGAACGUUUGGGCCAAGACAGUCACCAAACUUUCAUUUGCUUAUUGUUGCAUGUGUGAAUGUGUCUGGUUAUGCGUUUCCUCCAUUGUUUCUAUAUGCUGGUGAUACUGUCCAAACGGAAUUGAAUUCCGAAAAUUGUGUACCGAAUGCUACUAUAUCAACUUCACCAAAAGGUUUUACGAAUGAAGUCAUUUUUCCUGCGUGGUUAAUUACAUUUCACAAGUACGUUGUUUGGAUGUGUCCAUUCCUCAUCCAGUAUGACUAACUUUUGAUGGACUUGCUUCGCACUAUUCGUCGAUUAUGCUUGAGUUGCUUGAGUUAUGUGAUUCACUUCAAAUGUUGUUGCUUUGUUUGCCAUCCAGUGUGACGCAUGUGUUUGGAUGUGGCUGUCUUUGGACCAUAUAAGACUGUUUUUCGUAAAGCAAUUUUCGAGGAAAUGGUCAAUGGCGGUACAAUACAUAUAUACUUUUUAUAUAUAGGUCAAUGUUUCGUUAAAUGCUAGUCACUGAAAUCUUGAAUGUGUCCUCUCAAGCCAAAAGAAGAAAUCAAGGAAGACCAUCGAUGUGGGUGGGCGAAUUUUUACCUUGGCGUUCUUGUGUGAAUUGGACAAGAGCAAGCAGCAAUGCCGAGAAGCGAAAGGCCUGAAGGACGCGCUGGUGGCCAAACGGAAGAAGAAGCGUGGGGCGGCGCUGGAGUUGUCUGCCGCCACCACGAAGUAGGCCCGCAUCGCUGCGAAGAUUGGUUUACAGACCAUUGUCUAAUGGGCAAGCCAAAGUUAACCAUGAAGAUGUGGUUGAAGCCGUAA